CGCUACCGCCUCUGCCUGCAGCCGCUCUACGCGCCCGCGCCCGCGCCGCCCCGCGCCGCCGACUGCGUGGAGUUCAGCCUGGAGCCGGCCGGCAUGCGGGACAUCGUCGUCGCCAUGACCGCCGUCGGCGGCUCCAUCUGCGUCAUGCUGGUCUGCAUCUGCCUGCUGGUGGCCUACAUCACCGAGAACCUCCUGCCGCCGCCGGGCCGCCGCGCGCCCCCCCCGGACACCGCCUAGAG